AUGAACAAAUUGCUACCGCUGCAGCUUCCAGAUUCAGAAAUGCUUUGCAGAGAUGGACGCCAUGUUUUAGACCUUGCAGCACAACCGGAGUGGGCGGCGGCAAGUGGUGGUGUUGGAGUUGUCUCAACGAUAACUGCAUACCAUGUCAGUCUCCAUAGACUAAAGCUACUUAUAAAUGAACAAAAGCCCAACAAAUAUCAAUCUGCACUGUCCAUUUCCACUCAUUUUCUGACCAAAGCAGUGGCAAGAAAUCUUGGGUUUUUCUUGGCCAUAUUAGGUCUAUUUCUUGGCAUUGUUUCAGCUUCAAACUGGAACAUUUUGAAUCAGAAGAAAGGGAAAUAUGGGCUUCAACUCACAUUGAAGAAUUACUGUGAGAGUUGGAGGAUGAAUGUUGAGCUACACAACAUAAGGGAUUUUGAAGUUGUGCCUGAGGAAUGUGUUCAAUAUAUUGGGAAAUACAUGACAUCAACUCAAUACAAGGUGGAUUCUGAAAGGACAAUUGAUGAAUGCACAGUUCAUAUGUUUACUAGCUGUGAUUUCAAGAAAGAUGGCAAAGAUGCCUGGAUUUUCGACAUCGAUGAUACGCUUCUGUCCACUGUCCCUUACUACAAGAAAAACAAUUUUGGGUAA